AACGACUGCAGGAACUUUUCUGUCGCAGUGUUACUGGCUGCAUUUCACUUUAUUAUAUGCGUUGCGCGUCGGCAUCGGUUGUAUGAUUAGUGCGAAUUGAGAAUAAAAUUGUAAUUACGUGCCCCGAGUAUUCGCAGUACAUCACACCCAGGAUUUGGAAAAAAUGUGGCAUUCGAUUGUCUGGGGGCUCUUCGCCUUAGCUCUGGCUAAUGGGGAUUUAAUAAGAUUUCCUGUUCAUAAGAUGAAGACUGCUAGAAUGGCAUUAAAAGAAGUAGACACUGAUGUUCAGCAUGUUCUACUUCACCAGGGAGAUCCUACUCCAGAACCUUUGUCGAAUUACUUAGAUGCUCAAUACUACGGUGUCAUUGCCAUUGGCACGCCUCCACAAGAGUUCAAAGUAGUUUUUGAUACCGGAUCGUCAAAUCUUUGGGUACCAUCCAAAAAAUGUCACGUGACUAAUAUUGCGUGUUUACUUCAUAACAAAUAUAAUAGCAAGACAUCGACUACUUAUGUUGUCAAUGGCACCAAAUUUGCUAUUCACUAUGGUUCUGGAAGUCUAUCUGGUUUCUUAUCCACUGAUACGGUGACUCUGGCUGGUGUUAAUGCUGCAAAUCAAACAUUUGCCGAGGCGAUGAGUGAACCUGGACUUGCCUUUGUUGCUGCUAAAUUCGAUGGUAUUUUGGGAAUGGCUUAUCCUAGAAUUGCAGUAGAUGGUGUAACGCCAGUUUUUAAUACUAUGGUUCAACAAGGCUUAGUGCCUCAAGCAAUUUUCAGUUUCUACUUAAACAGGAAUCCAUCUGCAAAGAUUGGUGGUGAAAUGAUACUUGGUGGUUCCGAUCCUGAUCAUUAUACCGGCGAAUUUACAUACGUUCCAGUAUCUCGAAAAGCUUACUGGCAAUUUAGAAUGGAUACAAUGAAAAUAGGCGAUCAGGCAUUUUGUAAGAAUGGAUGUGAAGCCAUUGCUGAUACUGGUACUUCCCUAAUUGCUGGUCCUGUCGAAGAAAUUCAAGCUAUCAACAAAGCGAUUGGAGCAACGCCAAUUAUGGCUGGAGAAGCAAUGGUAAAUUGCAAUGAAAUCCCUAACUUGCCAACCAUAGAUUUUAUAGUUAAUGGCAACAGUUUUUCUCUGACAGGUGAAGAUUACAUUUUAAAGAUGUCUCAAUUUGGCAAAACUAUUUGCUUAAGUGGUUUUAUGGGUAUGGAUAUUCCUCCUCCCAAUGGACCAUUGUGGAUUUUGGGAGAUGUUUUCAUCGGGCGUUUCUAUACCGAGUUCGAUAUGGAAAACGAUCGCAUAGGAUUCGCUAUCGCAAAAUGAAUCUAGCCUGCAACAAUCGCUGUUGUCAUUAAAAGUAUAAUCGACCAUUUUUAUAAUUAUAACAAAGGGCUGUAAUUAAAAAAUUAUAAGUUUCAUUUUCAUAGAAUAAAAUGUAUACAUGAAUAGUUAAGACUCAAUGCCGUGAACAAAUUGUAGAUCGGAUUCCUCAUCAAUUGGGAAAUUAUUGUUCUUUUGUUAUAAAUACUCUUUAUAAAAUAUGACACCUAUAUAUUAAAAAAAUGGACACUGCUCAAUAGGCAUGAGAUUAAAAUUAACUUAUAUAAAGAGUUGGCUAAGAUAUCAAUGUAACUCUCGAUUAAUUCGUUACAUCUGACCUGUAAGUUAUGAGAUUGACUUUGUGUAAUUAUUUAGCAGGGUAAAUAAAUAUUUCAUUUUUCAAAUGUUGCCCUUAAA